CUUCACGGAAUAACAGGCGGAUGGAUCUCUGAGAGUGUGUGCUGAGCACUACGCGUUCAUCUGCCUGGACCCGCGUGGUGUUGGUGUUGUUGGUGCCCCCAUCCCCAGCGCGUCUUGCGCAAAGCGCAUCCGUGCGCACAUGCAUCACCCCCCCCACCACCACCACCCACCUCUACCCUCACUAUCUCGCUCCACUCCCCGACCUCCCCCUCCUCUGAGCCUCCUCUCUCUCUCUCGCUCCCUCAUUGCUUCGAUCAUCCCACAAGCGGUCAUUCCACAUGCGGCUUCUCAUGCGCCCGCAUCAACUGAAGUCGGCGCUGGUGGGUGGGUGGGUAGGGGUGACGGGGAACGAAAUCGUGCCACUACCACCACCGUCGUCGUCAUCAUCAUCGCAGGCGGUCACUUGUCAAGAGGAGGAGAUCUAUUCCUGGAGAAACGCGACUCCGCCGCUGUCGGGCACAUGACGCUCGCUCGACUUCGCUUCGCCGUUGAGCCUCGGGGGGGUGCCGAGCAUAGCAGGGUCCGACAGGGAGACGCCGCCACCACCACCACCACCCCGACGUGCGAGGAGGAGGAGGAGGCGCGCGUCCUCGCAGAGGGCUGCCGCCGCUGCUGUGCCCGUUCACGAUUCCCCAACCGAGGACAAAGGAGGCACGUGGACGUCUCGUCUAGCCUCCACCUCUGCUGCUCGCCGGCAGCUGCAGCCGCCGGCAGAAUUGGUCCAGCGGACGUGAUGGUGCGGGCGAGAGCCGGCAGCAAUGUUGGCUAGGAAGGGCCUCCUCGCCGAGGAGUACGUGCUCACCCGCCUAGCCGAGGACGAGGUGGGCCACCAGCCCAAGCAGCGACCGCGUCCUCGCAAGGCGCGCUUCGUGCGCAAGAACGGCGCCUGCAACGUUGCCCACAGGAACAUCCGCGAGCAGGGCCGCUUCCUCCAGGACGUCUUCACCACACUCGUGGACCUCAAAUGGCCGCACACGCUCGUCAUCUUCACCAUGAGCUUCCUGUGCAGCUGGCUGCUCUUCGCCAUAAUCUGGUGGCUCAUCGCCUUCUCGCACGGCGACCUGGACCGCGUGGAGAACGCGCCGAACCCGUGCGUCACGGCCGUGCACUCCUUCACCUCGGCCUUCCUCUUCUCCAUCGAGGUGCAGGUGACCAUCGGAUUCGGGGGCCGCAUGAUCACGGAGGAGUGCCCGCUGGCCAUCACGAUGCUCAUCGUGCAGAACAUCGUGGGCCUCAUCAUCAACGCCAUCAUGCUGGGCUGCAUCUUCAUGAAGACGGCGCAGGCGCACCGGCGCGCCGAGACGCUCAUCUUCAGCAAGCACGCCGUCAUCGCCCCGCGCAACGGCAGGCUCUGCUUCAUGUUCCGCGUGGGCGACCUGCGCAAGAGCAUGAUCAUCGGCGCCAGCAUCCACAUGCAGGUGGUGAAAAAGACCACCACGCCCGAGGGUGAGGUGAUACCCAUCGACCAGGUCGACAUUCAGAUGGAGAACCCCAUCGGCACCAACGGCAUCUUCCUCGUGUCCCCGCUCAUCAUCUGCCACACGAUAGACAGCAAGAGCCCCCUGUACCUGCUUACACCCAACUCCCUCCAGCACGAAAACAUCGAGGUGGUCAUCAUCCUGGAGGGCGUUGUGGAGACCACGGGCAUCACGACGCAGGCCAGGACGUCCUACCUGCCCGACGAGAUCCUGUGGGGUCACCGCUUCGUGUCUAUCGUCACGGAGGAGGAGGGCAAGUUCUCAGUGGACUACUCCAAGUUCGGGAACACGACGCGCGUGGCCACGCCGCGGUGCAGCGCGCGGGACUUGGACGAGCAGCAUGGAGCGCUGCCGGCGUCGAGCUCACAGAGGGCCCAGAAUGCCACACGCAGGAGGCACGCGGAGGAGCGGCGCGCGUCGGGGAUUUUGGAGACGCAGCAACCUCGCUUUUCAUGAUGCCAACCAUGCCUCAGCACAAGUAAAAAAGCCACUGUUGUUUUCUAAAGGAAAAUGAUCGUUAAAUGGCAUUUUUAAUAUAUAUGGAAGAAAAAAAAACUCAUUUACAUCGGUAUAUUUUUGUUGCCUUGAACUUUUUUUCCGACAGUUGGCUUCGGCAUAAAAUGCCAUUUGCUUGUUCACUUUGAAAUGCUGCUAAAACAAUCCGAAGGCCAAGAUGGAAACUGCAAAGAGUGUUGCUUGAAUUGAAAUGACACCGGCGCUAUGAUUUGUUUGCUGAGUUUGCGCGUCUUGCUUUCAGUGUUGAGUAGAGCUCGGCGAGGUUCGUUUCUGCUCAUUUUGUGUGGAUGAUUUAAAUGUUUUUGGAAAUCAGCACUCAACAGCCAAUUUGAGCAAAUUAUUGUACUGGCCAGGUAAGGGCUAAUUUGAGGAAGACGACAAUGUUUUUGGAAGCUGUAUAUUGCUGUAUAAACUGUACACUUUUAAGCACAAAAAAGCAAUAUAUAUUGUGCAUGGAACUUGGAUUUUUACAAUUGUCUCAAUAAAAGCGUAAUAUAUCAUUAA